UCAGUUGACUCGGCGGCGUAUUCACAACCAAUGCCGAUUGAUAAAAUCAGUUUCUUAUCCGCGUACGGUGAAAUGAAUAAAUGAUAUUUUCUGCCUAAAGAAAGAAUCCCUUGUACAGUCUGGUGUAUUCACCGAAGAAACGUUUAUUGUGCCUGUGCUAAAAAGUGAUUUUAUUAUUUUAUCGGCUGACUUUGAAAACACUUGACACUUUUCCAGAACAACAAGAUACAGAGAUAGCUAGUCUGAAAAUGACUGAAGUUCAGGAGAUUUUGAGGACUCAUCUCAAAAGACAGUAAUGUUGAAUGAUGAAACAUGAGUGGAGCUCGAGUUGUUUACAUCAUUGUGCAAGGUGUUCCAGAAUCGUUCCUGGUCGACUCAUCGCCUCAAAAAGUAAAAGAGCUGCUGAGGCAGGUGGCUGGGGUUAAGUCAGCAUCGCAGCUGAGCCUGUACGACACACAGGGGCGGCUGGUGAACUUGGGGGAGCCACUGCAGCCCAACUCUCCCGCCACCCCCUACCGCCUCCAUCUCGCCGCCCCCACCACCGGCACUGACAACUGCAACGGGAUGCUUGUUGAUGAAGUUACAAUGGAUUUGGUGUGCUUGGAGAAUAGAGUAUCGGAGUUGGAGAAUCAGCUUGCAGAAGGGAAGUCUGAGCCACCUUCAGUUGUCAAACAAUUGAAAGAGGACAUUGAGAAGUUCCGAUUGAGGCUGGAGACAACUAAACACCUCAGCUGGCUAAGCUGCUACAAGGAACUUCCCCCAAGCAACAGGCGAUUGCAGUACAGAAGACAAAGUGAUGCUAAACAGAAACUAGUGCGAGAAAACUUCCUGAAAAUAUGCGAGCAGUCAAUUAGUGAGGAGGUGCGGCAAUGCCUGCGUCUGCCGUCGUUCGACUGUUCAGAGUGGGAAGACCAGGAGAUCCUCCUGCUUCUGCAGUUCAUGUUUUUGGACUUCGAUCUGCCCAAGAAGUUCAACAUCGACAUGACUACAUUGCGCAACUUACUAAUGUAUGCGAUGUGCUGGAGAGUCGAUCUACCUAGUCGAAUAGGUGACUUAGAAACGUUAAUUCUUAUCACUUCUUGUAUUUGCCAUGAUCUCGAUCACCCAGGGUACAACAAUAUUUACCAGAUUAACGCCAGAACAGAGUUGGCAUUGCGUUACAAUGAUAUUUCGCCGUUAGAAAACCAUCACUGUUCGAUGGCAUUCCGAAUACUCGAGUUGCCAGAAUGCAAUAUAUUUCGACAGCUGGGCGCAGAUAUGUUCCGUGUGGUGAGGGAGGGGAUUAUCCGCUGCAUUCUGGCCACAGACAUGGCCAGGCACAACGAGAUCCUCGCCCAAUUCAGGGAGGCAUGCGAAGAGGGAUUCGACUACACCAAUAAGACGCAUGUGAAUCUUUUAUGUAUGGUGCUUAUUAAAGUUGCUGACAUUUCCAAUGAGGCGCGCCCGAUGGAAGUAGCUGAGCCAUGGUUGGAUAAAUUAUUGCAGGAGUUUUUCACUCAGAGUGAUGCGGAGAAACAGGAAGGACUGCCAGUGACUCCGUUCAUGGACCGAGACAAGAUCACCAAGCCGAGUUCGCAGUGCAGCUUUAUUGGAUUCGUCCUUCUCCCGCUAUUUGAAGCUCUUGGAGAUCUUUUUCAAGAACUUCAGGAGAUGCUGGUGGAGCCGGUGAGAUACGCACUCGACUACUACAGAAGACUGAACGAGGCGGCCAAAGACGAGCACCGCAUGCACCGCAAGAGCAUCGUGGCGGCCAAUCUGGGCGGAAUGUCGGCGGCGCUCGACAACUCGAGUGUGUCUGUGCCCACGUCGCCCACGCGGCCUCCCCCGCCCAAUGACAUCGUCAAGUCCAGCAGCGGCACCAACGUCCGCAAGCCUUCCAUCAGCUUCUCGCAGAUGUCCCGUUGCGAAGAUGACAGUGAAGAAAUACUUGGUAGUGAAGAGGUGCUGCCCGAUCUCAGUGAAGACUCCGAUGAAGAAGAAACUGUUACUGAAGUAGCCGUCAGUGAGAAAGCUCUCAAGUUCAAAAUUUCAACUGAAAGUUCAAGUAGCUCCGGCCGCAAAAGCUACCCGGGCAGCCGGAAAGGAAGUCGCGAGAAGACGUACCAGUUGGCAGAGCAGGAGAUAGCGCGGGUGCUGAGGGGUCACGACCGCUCGAUCCGCAGCAGCGACAGUGGCGAGAAGCGCAGUUGGUCGUCGGGCGAGCAGACCAGUGCCGACAACUGCUGUCUGUCGGCCGACGGCGCAGGCAAGCGAAACAUCAACGAGGACAGCAAGGACUCACGCAGCUACUCGCUGGCCGAACAGGAGUGGCGGCGAGACCUCGUGCACGGCCAGUACAACAAGAAGACCCGCUCCAUCUCGGCCGGCAGUCCCGAAGGCCUCAGAGAGUUCAGAAGCGCCCGAGAGUUCCGCGAGGUCCUGCAGCGGCGCAGCUCACCAAGCAGUCCCAAAGACUUCAAAAUGGAGAAAGACUCUCCCAGAAGGGAAGAAAGCCGCAAGAUUGAAGAAAUCAUUGUUGACAGAGAAUUGAAUAAGUUGGAUGUGAUUAAAGAAGGCUGUGCACAAGGUUGUGUGGAUUCGGAUGUUUGUCUGAAAGAUGAAAUAGUAGUAGUUGUAAAUAGUAAUGGAAAUAAUCAGUUACCUUGCAUGAUGGUUGCUGACAACAACGGUAACAAUACCGUUAGUGAAGAAGUUGUGUCAGGUAGCUCCAAGCUGGACGAGAACUCUGAUGGAGUUCGAGACACGUCGAAAUCAACGUCACCCGACUUGGCUCCUGACGAAAAAGUACAGAAAAAGUCGCCGUCCAGUCUGUUGAGACGUUUGAAAACAUUCAGCGAACGGUUCUCGAAAAGUAGUGACCUGGGAUCGCCAAAAGGGUCGGUUGAGCGAGUGGUGCACAUUCCCGCUUCACCGGCCUCCCUCAAAAACCAGAAGGUCGAGGAGAAAGUCGUACUGGAGAGUGAGAGGCGCGCAAUGACACUUCCGAAAACCACCAAAAAGAAGCCUGGAAGCGGCAGCCGACCGAGUAAGGGCUGGAAGGGAAUGCUCAAAUCGAAAACGUCCAUCGACAAGGAGUCCAGUAGAGCUGAUGAUGACAAAGAGAAGCCAUUCACCGAGAAUGUACUCGAAGAGAAAGUUGGCAAUGGCGUAACUCCACCAGAUGAAGACAAAGGUUAGAUUAAAUAAUUUAUCAUUAUUACAUAACAGUAAUGUAAUAUUCUUCUCAUAAAAACUGAAUUGAUUCCACUUCAAAUCUCUUCUUGAUGGAAUUUUACGGAAAAAUAGAUAAAUUCCAUUCAUUCAAUCGAGUGAU